AUGAAAGAUUACUUAACUGCUGGAGCUACUAAGCAGUUUGAUGAAUCUGAUGUCCUCGCGCGGCUGGAAUGGGUGAACUCUAUGAACUUGGAAUUCGAUUCUGCACAGACUUCGCUGGAAAAACUGGACUUUUCGGAGAUUAGUAAGGAUACGCGGUUUGAAUUUUCCGCAAUCUUAAUGGAUUUAAAGGCGAAACUAAAUCGGGCCUUAGCAGCUCUGCGCAAACUGCAUUUGCCGGGUUCCACAGCUGCCAAUUCUGCAUCCUUUGAUAUUAUAAACAAUGCGAAUCUUUCAUUCAGAUUUAGGAACCCUCGAUUGCCAAAUCUAGAGAUUGCUCUUUUUCAAGGAUCGUACUCAGAAUGGCCGGACUUUAUUGCAACUUUUACCACGGCACACGUUCAGUCAAUAUUUGGUUUAAAAGGUGUCGAGAAGGGAUCAGCUAAGGGUCUUCGGGAGCUCAGCGAUUGGAUGAAUUCGCAUCUUCGAGCAAUCCGUACCCUGGCCACUACACAACAAAUUCUGGAUGGAUUUCUCAUUCAUAUCGUGACACACAAGCUGGAUCAAAGGACCCGUGAAAAAUGGGAAGAUGAUUUGUCAAUAUCUGAGCUAUCUACCUGGGAUGCUAUGGAGUCGUUUUUGGAGAAGAGGUGCCGGCUGAUGGAAAACUUGGACCUAGCUGUGGCUUCCGUCGAGAUGCACGGAUUCUGUGAUGCUAGCACAGCAGCUUACGGCGUGUGCUUAUAUUUGCGGUCGGAGGCCAAUGGCAACGCUGAAGCACAUCUACUCUGCGCCAAGUCUAGAGUGGCUCCCUUAAAAGUUUUAACAAUACCAAGAUUAGAACUUUCAGCAUCGUGUUUAUUGGCUGAGCUUUUCGUAAACGUUAAGGAAACCAUAGGUUUUGAUUGCAGCUCUCACUGCUGGUCGGACUCGUCUAUUGUGUUGGCUUGGAUUCGGCAGGCUCCAAGGGAGUUCAACGUAUUUGUGUCUAAUAGAAUCGAGAAUAUCCAGGAAAUGACGAAAGGAAUGGCUUGGCAUCAUGUUCCAACAGACUUGAAUCCGACGGAUGUGGUAUCGCGCGGAUGUACCCCCAAAGAAUUGCUGGAGUACUCCCUUUGGGCAAAUAGACCUCCAUUUCUACUGAAAGGAGCGUCGAACUGGCCCUCCCUAUUAGAUGCAGUAAAGAACCUUCCGGAACGGCGUUCCAUGGCGCUAAUUGGAACCGUUGGCACUGACAUAUCUAUCAACUGCAAGUUUCUCAACUCAUUCGACAAGUUGCAGCGUGUUUUCGCGUACAUUUAUCGAUUUAUUUCAAGUUGCAGAGCCAAAUCAUUACCUUCAACCAUCUAUUUUACCGUUGACGAGAUCAGCUUCGGAACCGUUCUGCUUCUAAAGAGCAUUCAACAGGUUCACAUAGCGGUGGAGUAUGAGGUUCUUAACCAAGUCAAGCCUUGUCCUCCGAAGAGCAAGUUGAUUUCUCUGAAGCCAAUACUUAGCUCUGAGGGUUUACUUCGUGUUUUUGGAAGGCUUCAAAAUGCGAGCUUGGACUACGAGGCUAAGCAUCCGAUAUUGUUACCCAAGGAUCAUCCGGUCACCAGAGCGAUUAUCGUCUAUUAUCAUGAGAAAUACUUCCACGCAGGGCCACAGGCGUUGCUCGCUGCUUUACGGCAAAGGUAUUGGCCACUUGGAGGCCGAAAGUUCGUGGCUAGCGUCAUCAACAAAUGCGUCAGAUGCUUUCGGAUGAACCCUGUGGCUUGGGAACACAUGAUGGGUAGCCUGCCAGUAGAUCGAGUUCAGCCUAACCCAGCUUUUCACACCACAGGAGUGGACUAUUGUGGACCGUUCUAUCACAAGUCAGAGGCCCGUAACAAAGCACCCCACAAGUGCUACAUCGCCGUCUUUGUCUGCUUUUCGACGAAGGCUGCGCACUUGGAAGUCGUCCAGGAUCUCACAACGGAUUCUUUCAUUGCAGCUUUGAGAAGAUUCAUUAACCUUAGAGGCAGUUCUCGUACUAUUAGGAGUGAUAAUGCGACAAACUUUGUUGGCGCUAAACGAGAGCUAGCAGAACUGAAGGAGUUAUUUUUGAGCGAACCGCACACGGCUUCGAUAACUUCUUCCUGCUUAGCGAAUGGGAUUGAUUGGAAGUUCAUACCCCCGCGUGCCCCACAUUUCGGUGGUCUAUGGGAGACGGCUGUAAAAUCUGCAAAAUUUCACUUCUACCGAGUUAAAACGCUGAAAAUUUUGAGGUGCUAA